UUGUAUCUCUCCCCACCCCGCACUUCGGCAGCUGCAGGAACACAAAGAUUAGAUUAGAUUAACCGCCCACACUCAAGCCCUGUGGGGAGGGUGGAGGAGCCGUCAAACCCUCCCACUACCUGCCAUGGAUCUUCCUCGGUGCUACCGGCCCCGUGGGGCCCCGCUUUAAGCUGCAGCAGCUGCGCGCGGGGCAGGCAUGGGGAGGUUGCGCGGGACGCUCAGCCCCUGGCUGGGGCUGGCCGCGCUGCUGUGCCUGGCGCACGCCGCCCGGGCCGCCUUCCAGCUCACGCUCCUCCACACCAACGACGUCCACGCGCGGGUGGAACAGACCAGCCGCGACUCCGGCAAGUGUCAGAGCCGCCCCAGCGGCCGCCCCCAGGAUUGCUAUGGCGGGGUGGCGCGGAGAUACACCAAGAUCCAGGAGAUCCGAGCCACCCACCCCAACGUGCUGCUCCUGGACGCCGGCGACCAGUACCAGGGCACGGUGUGGUUCAGCUACUUCAAGGGGCGGGAAGUGGUGCGCUUCAUGAACCUCCUGGGCUACGAUGCUAUGGCUUUGGGGAACCAUGAGUUUGAUAAUGGUCUGGAUGGAUUAUUGGAUCCGCUACUUAAAAAUGUUAAUUUUUCAAUUCUGAGUGCAAACAUUCAGGCAAGCAGAUCAGUAGCAUCCAGGAUCGCUGGAUAUUUUCAGCCUUAUAAAAUACUACUUGUUGGUUCAGAAAAAAUCGGAAUUGUUGGCUAUACUACUAAGGAAACAUCUUUCCUUUCAAAUCCAGGCAAGGAGAUAUAUUUUGAAGAUGAAAUUGAAGCAUUGCAGCCACAUGUGGAUAAACUUAUCACACUGGGAGUUAACAAAAUUAUUGCACUAGGACACUCUGGUUUCACUGUGGAUCAAAAGAUUGCUCAAAAAGUGAGAGGAGUGGAUGUUGUAAUUGGAGGACAUACGAACACGUUUCUUUAUACAGGCCCCCCACCUUCCAGUGAAAUGCCAGCUGGCAACUAUCCAUUCCUGGUGAAGUCAGAUGAUGGGAGGCAGGUGCCAGUGGUACAAGCCUAUGCUUUUGGGAAAUAUCUUGGUUAUUUAAAUGUAACGUUUGAUGAUCAAGGAAAUGUAAUUAGAACAUCUGGAAACCCUAUUCUGCUAAAUAGCAGUAUUCCUGAAGAUAGAGUCUUGAAAGAAGAAGUUGACAAGUGGAAGAUACAGCUAAAUAAUUUUUCUUCCCAAGUGAUAGGAAAAACUAUAGUUUACCUAAAUGGUACAAGUCAGGCAUGUCGUUUCCAAGAAUGCAACUUGGGAAAUUUGAUUUGUGAUGCCAUGAUUUACAAUAAUCUCAAACAUCGAGAUGAAAAUACAUGGAAUCAUGUUUCAAUGUGCAUCAUAAAUGGCGGUGGGAUACGGUCACCCAUUGAUGAACACAACAAUAAUGGUAAUAUUACGAUGGAGGACCUGCUAGCUGUGCUGCCAUUUGGAAGUACUUUUGAUCUGAUUGAGUUAAAAGGCUCCACUCUCAAAGAAGCAUUUGAGCAUGGUGUGCGCAGACAUGGACAAGGAACUGGCGAGCUGCUGCAGGUUGGGGGCAUUCAUGUGGUCUACGAUCUUUCCAGACCACCAGGAAGCAGAGUUGUCAGCAUAGAAGUUCUUUGCACGGCCUGUAGAGUACCAGCCUAUGUACCACUCCAAAUGGAUGAAACGUACAAAGUGAUUCUUCCUUCUUUUCUGCAGCAGGGAGGAGAUGGAUAUUCUAUGCUAAAAACUAAAUCACUGAGUCACAAUCAGGGUGAUCUUGAUGUUGAAGUAGUUUCCAGUUACAUUUCUAGAAUGGGACCUGUUUUUCCAGCAGUUGAAGGACGAGUGAAGUUUUCUGCAGGAAAUUUCAUCCAAGGAAGUAUUACGCUGAUUGCUGGCUUAUUCACUGUGACAUUCCUGCACUUCAUUUUUUAAUUCUUAUUUGCAAUGCUUUUAGACUGCUGCUAGAAAGCCUGCUCCCCUCCCCUUUGCCUGCACCUCCCAGCACGUUUAAACAGGUCCUAGGUCUUGGCAUACAUUCAGUAAUUAUAGUGGAGGCC